GUGGGAGCAGGAUCCCAGUAGGCAGAGAACUCCUGCUGGUGCCAUCGUGCUUGGCGUGGCUCAACCCCUUAACAGGCCAGCCCCCCUUCAUCCAGGUCUCCAAAUACUGCCUCCACUUCACAUACACCCACUCUCUCUUGCUCUCUCCUAGUGGUGGGGUGGCCUUUCCCCUUCAGCUCAGAAGAGUCCCACGUGGAGGGAAUAGCCCCUGAGGCCCUUGUUGGUUCAGAAGGACUCUCUGUGGAUUCUGCUUCUGGCAAUCCUGCCCACCAUGUCCUCCAAGAAGCUCGUGAACUCUGUGACAGGCUGUGCGGAUGAUGCCCUGGCCGGGCUGGUGGCCUGUAACCCCGACCUCCAGAUUCUGCAAGGACACCGAGUGGCCCUGCGCUCUGAUCUGGAGAGCCUGAAGGGACGGGUGGCCCUGCUGUCGGGCGGGGGCUCUGGCCAUGAGCCUGCACAUGCGGGUUUUAUAGGCAAAGGGAUGCUGACUGGGGUCAUCGCUGGGGCAGUGUUCACUUCCCCAGCGGUAGGCAGCAUCCUGGCUGCCAUACGGGCAGUGGCCCAGGCUGGCACAGCGGGGACACUGCUCAUUGUGAAGAACUAUACCGGGGAUCGACUCAACUUUGGGCUGGCCCGGGAGCAGUCCCGGGCAGAGGGCAUCCCGGUGGAGAUGGUUGUUGUCGGUGAUGACAGCGCGUUUACCAGCCUGAAGAAGGCAGGCAGACGGGGCCUCUGUGGCACAGUGCUCAUCCACAAGGUGGCAGGUGCUCUGGCCGAGGCAGGUGUGGGGCUCGAGGAGAUUGUUCGUAGAGUGAGUGCAGCUGCCGCUGCCAUGGGCACCCUGGGGGCCAGCUUGUCCUCCUGCAGUGUCCCAGGCUCCAAACCGACCUUCCAGCUUCCUGUGGAUGAAAUGGAGCUGGGCUUGGGGAUCCACGGGGAGGCUGGUGUCCGUCGGCUGAAGAUGGCCACGGCGGAUGAGGUGGCGAAGACAAUGAUCGACCACAUGACUAACCCCUCCAACGAGUCCCAUGUGCCGGUCAAGUCUGGCUCUUCAGUGGUGCUAGUCGUCAAUAACCUGGGCGGCCUGUCCUUCUUGGAGCUGGGCAUCAUGGCUGAUGCAGCAGUCCGCUGCCUCGAGGCCCGGGGUGUGAAGAUCGCCCGUGCCCUGGUGGGCACCUUUAUGUCAGCACUGGAAAUGGCUGGCAUCUCCCUGACUCUCCUACUGGUAGAUGAUGCCCUCCUUAAACUGAUAGAUGCUGAAACCACAGCUUCGGCCUGGCCCCACGUAGCCAGAGCGCCUGUGACAGGUCGCACCCGCAGCCGGGCAGCCCCCGCUGAGAAGCCGGAGGGCAUCGAGCCAACAGUGACAGGAGGUGCUGGCUCCCAGAAGGCAACUGUCAUCCUGCAACAAGUGUGUGCCACCCUCCUUGGCCUGGAGGAACAUCUGAAUGCUCUGGACCGAGCCGCUGGAGAUGGCGAUUGUGGGACCACCCACAGCCGAGCUGCCAGAGCAAUCCAGGAAUGGCUGAAGGAGGGCCCGCCCCCCAGCCGCCCUGACCAGCUACUCUCUGGCUUGUCCCGGCUCCUGCUGGAGAAGAUGGGAGGUUCAUCAGGGGCGCUUUAUGGCCUAUUCCUGACUGCGGCUGCCCAGCCCCUCAAGACCACACCUAGCCUCCCAGCCUGGACUGCUGCCAUGGACGCUGGCCUGGAGGCCAUGCAGCGGUACGGAAAAGCUGCUCCUGGGGACAGGACCAUGCUGGAUGCACUGUGGGCUGCAGGCCAGGACCUCCGAGCACUAAAGACCCCAGGGGCCAACUUGCUGCAAGUGCUAAGUAAAGCCGUCAAGAGUGCCGAGGCCGCGGCAGAAGCCACCAAAAAGAUGGAAGCUGGAGCUGGGAGAGCCAGUUACAUCAGCUCAGCCAAACUAGAGCAGCCAGACCCUGGGGCCGUGGCAGCUGCAGCUGUGCUCCGGGCCAUCCUGGAGACGUUGCAGAACCAGAGCAAGUGACUCCCCUUCCCUGAUCCAGUCUGAUUGUCCCUAACCCCAGCACCCCGGCCCCUGGUGUGCAGCUGCUCAGGGGCCAUGUCCUCUUCUCCGCCUCUUCGUGCCAUGGCCUCUGUCUAGCCUGAUGCAGCUUCACCUUUUUUGUGAAAAGAACCUCUGCACAAUCAUGUUUUAAUUGCACAAAAUAAUCAGAUUCCAAAGGAAAUCAAUUAUACUGUAAUCCAAAUAUCACAAUAAUGAUUUUCCCCAAACCCCAAGUUUCUAGGUCUCAGGUGAAGAACCAUUCUCCAAGGCCCUGUCCCCUCCAAUCAUCCAGAAAGCCCCGAUUUUAAUGCCCAGAACUAGGCAGGCUGGCUUUGGAGCUUUAAACAGCUACAUGGUCCUGGUGCUUUUGGCCUUGACAUGAAGGCCCGUGGCUUCCAGGCCUGGCUGGUUCUGCUCCUUAUCAUGCCCUCUCCUUCCAGGGAGGGUGGAGCAGAGUCUGGCAGGGCUCCAGCCCCUCCAGAUGGUCAGCCCUAUGCCUCCGUGAUGACUUUUCCUGUACCUGUCAGGGUUAAGGUGUUUUUGAGGAUCUUUCUCUUGUGUUUUUGUCAAUAAAGCGGCAUCAAAUUUGG